UCUUCCCUCUUUGACGCGUCAAACAGGCGCACCCACUGUGUAACCCCCUAACACUCUGCUCCGAGUUUAGUCUGGAUGGAAAGAGUUGAUGCAGACUAGUGGGAAGUUCAGAUCAAGGCCCAGCAUAACGGAGCUAAAAGGCUAAGACAGCGGGAGCUGUGACAUUAUCACCCGGGAGGAGCUGGUGUUUAGACCCAAACGCGGUGGGCUGCGCUUUUUGAUCUAACUUCAACAUAGGAACUAAUUGACCGGAAAGGAGAGACAAAGCAGAUAUCUGGUGAUAACUUCCUGGCAAAGUCACAAAGAAUUUGAGAUAUAAUCAGCAGACAAGUUCCAGCCGUGCCAUCCCUGCAGCCAUGAAUGAUUCCAUUGAUGACUAUAACUACACGUACAGUUACGACCUAGAUUAUGGCGACAUUGACGAUAUUAGGGCUGAGCACAGUCAGACAGAACCUAUGCACAUUUUCUCUGUAGUUAUCUACAUAAUCUCUUUCAUGCUUGGUGUGAUCGGCAAUGGAGCUGUUAUUUGGGUGAUGGCAUUUAAAUGCAAAAAGAGAGUCAACAGCGUGUGGUUGCUCAAUCUUGCCAUAGCCGAUUUUGUAUUUGUGCUCUUCCUGCCGUUCUUCAUUGAUUACAUUAUGCGGGACUUCCACUGGAAGUUCGGUGUGGCUAUGUGUAAGAUUAACUCCUUCGUGUCCGUGAUGAACAUGUAUGCCAGUGUGCUGUUUCUCACAGUGCUCAGUAUAGAUAGGUACGUUUCUGUCGUCCACCUUAACUGGUGUCAGAAGUAUCGCACCAUAAGCCGAGCUUGGUUCGCAUGUGGUUGUAUUUGGGGGCUAGCCGCCACCUUGAGCAGUCCUGCUCUAAUCUUUCGUGACACGAUGAUCUUGGGCGACAAGGUGGUGUGCUUCAACAACUUCCACACACACGACCCUCAUGUAGCGGCCAUGAGGCACAUCACGAUAGUGAUUAUCCGCACCACUGUGGGCUUUCUUUUGCCGCUGACUGCUAUAAGCGUGACGGGUAUACUUCUGAUAGUGAAAAUGAAACAAUCUGGGAGUUCGGUUCAGUUGUCUAGCUUCUCUAAAACAGUCACUGCAGUAAUCCUCGCCUUCUUUUUGUGCUGGACACCUUUUCAUACUUUCAGCCUGAUGGAGUUAACCAUACAUUCCUCACCUUACUUACACAAUUUACUGAAAACUGGCUUUCCUCUCGCCACUAGCUUGGGCUUUUUUAACAGCUGUGUAAAUCCCCUGCUGUACAUGUUCCUGACUAAAAAAGUGCGCAAUAUCAUCAAGCAAGCCUGUCUGGACAUAACCAAGAAUUCACUUAGAGAGUUCAGCCAGUCGAUCUCUGCCACUGAGAUCGAAUCUGUGGCAGGAGUUUACGAGAAUGGUGUUCACGGUGAGCACUUGGCGUCAUCAACAAUCUGAUUGUUACUAUCCCCAGACCUGUGAAGCUCUCCAUUUAAAAAAAAGAAGAAGUGGUUAAGUAUUACUUUAGCAUGAAUGUAGAGGGUUAUUAGAGUUGUUAAGAUUUUUCCUAUGUUUUAUUUGGGCAGAGUCUCGCCAACUUCAACUGACAAUUACUCUUCAUGGAUAAUGGAAAAUGGAACAUAAACACAGAUUCAAUAUCUUUCCAUCUACUUUGCAUCAACCUAGUUAUCUGCAGAGAAACAGGCUAGAUUAAAUCAAAACCAUUAAGCUGAUCAACAGAAAAUCUAUCUGCAAUUAUUUUGGUUUCUAAUCGUUCAAAUAAAUUGCAAAACAAACAUGCUAGGAAGUCCCUGCUUGAAGCUUUUAAUGGUCAUGCACGAGUUACCGACUGGUAAAACGUCUGCGUGAUGGUUGGACUGCUCCUUACAAUAAUCAAGUAAUUUCAACAUGCCUCCUUGGCCAGUGGAAAACGGUGAUGGAUGACUGGUAUUAAUAUUUUACAACAUAAAUCAUGAAAUAUUAGACCUUGCAAUUAUGACUACACAUAUUUAUGUGACAUUUAGCCACUUUGUCUGUAUUUCAAUCUUUUGAAAUACUUGUAAGUACUGCUUUGGUUCUUAUGGAUGACAAAAAUACUCCUUUUUGACUGUAGUCUCCAUUGCAACAUAGCAUUAUUUUGGUUUUAUAUUUCCAUAUCAGCUGCUAGAAUAAUGUAUUAAUGUAUCUUACGGAUGUUUAUGCUGGUUAAAAACUGUAUGAACAUGUUUAUUCUAAUAUAUUUUAAAGAUAUAUAUAUAUAUCUUAAUAAAUCUGUUCUUCUGAACCUGA